AGCCGAAAAGCUGGAGGAAUUACUCGCGGACGAGACCAAAUUUAGCGAUUUUGUGCACAAUCUACCCCAAAUAAAGAAUGCCAAAGAUAUCAGCGAACAGACUCGCUCGGCAAAUAAGGCUUUGGCUGACAAAAAUUUAGCGAAACAACCCGAAUUAGAAUCCAGGAGAGAAGCGUUAGAAGUGAAACGAGCCGAGCUUGCGGAGGCCAAAGCCCAGUACGACGCUGCGGCUAAAGAACUCAAUGCCCUUAACAAGAAAUAUGAUCCCAACACCAUUCUAGAGCAGUUGCGGGCUUCAGCUGCGAAGAAGGAUGAAGAAACCGAGGUUUGUGUUGUGCUACCAGCAAUUUAA